AUGACCUUCCUCUUCAUGGAGCUGCUGCGUUCCAAGCUGGAGCAUAGCCAACCUUUAUUGGCGACGUUGGUAGCUGUCUUGACUCUUGUCGUUCUCUUUGCCUGGCUAGGCGACUCGAAGGCCGACAGCCAUUACCCCCUCGUGGGCCCUGAGUUGAAGUCUCCCUUUUUCUUUAAGGGAAUACGUCAGCGACGGCACUGGUUUCAACAGGGCCCCGAACUCAUUCACAGCGCCUUCAAACGAUUUCCCAACGUUAUUUUCACUCUCCCAUCUCUCGAUCGCACUUCGAUAGUCCUUCCCCCACGUUUCCUACAGGAAAUUAGAGAGCUUCCGGCAUCCAUCGCCAGCAAUUCUCGUGCAACUUCAGAUAAACAGUUUUUUAUUGGCAAUUGGACCACGCUGGAUUAUGAUAUCUUUGGUCAUGCUACCAUUGAUUCCAUCAAAACCCAGUACAUUGCCAAAAUUGGACUACAGAUAGGACGCGCUUCAAAUGAGGCGAUUUACGCUUUCAACCAACAUUUUGGCAGAUACGAGGAGUGGUCUCCCAUCGCUGUUCAACCAAAGAUUUUGCAACUUGUGGCGCAGAUGGUGGGUAGCACGAUUGUUGGUCCCGAUAUUUGUCGCGACCCUGAUUGGACUCCAGCUGUAAUCGGCUACGCACAAAACGUUUUUAUGGCGGCCGUUACCUUCAAGCUCGCGCCGGACAUUGCACGGCCGCUGAUAGCGCUCUUUACACCCUACAUUUAUCGCAUUCAUAGCUGUCGCCGCACCAUUAGGAGACUCGUCGGACCAACCAUCGAACAGAAGAAUGCUUGGUCCCGCGACCAGCCUCAGUCCUGGAAGGCACACGUCAAGAAUGACAAUGAAAUUACCACUCUGGAGUGGCUGGUAGAGACAUCCAACCCCGAAGAGGCGACGGUGCCCAUGAUAGCGCAUCGUAUCACCGGAGUAACAUUUGGGGCAACUCAUACGACAUCAAACACCAUCACCAACGCCCUCCUGGACAUAGCCAACGAUUUUGACCGUUGGGCUCCACCCUUGCGAGCAGAAAUUGAGAGUGUUUUGGGCGAAACCCCAUUAACUGACAUCACGAAUGCUCAUCUUUCCAAGAUGUGGAAACUGGACAGCUUCUUGAAAGAGUCUCAGAGAUUCCAUCCGCCCUCCAUGUUGUCAGUAAACCGAAAGAUGAUGCAAUCCCAUGCGCUUUCCUCGGGCGAUGUUCUUCCCAAGAACGCGCACGUUUCCUUUGCCGGAGUGCCCAUGUCUAUGUCCGACGAGUAUAUCAGUGGGGCAGAAGACUUUGACGGCUUCCGCUUCGAGCACCUUCGCCGCAACGCUGAGACGGACCACAACGGCUUACAAUUCACGUCCUCAUAUGCAGGUAGCUUGCAUUUUGGACAUGGAAAGCAUAUGUGUCCUGGUCGAUUUAUGGGGAGCUUAAUUAGUAAGCUCCUUCUGAUAGAGCUUCUCAAGCGCUACGACAUGAAAUUACAGGACGGGGGUCGACCGAAGAAUAUCAUGUUUUUUGACAUGGACAUCCCAGACCCAAAGUAUGAGGUAUUGUUCCAGGACCGGCAGGCUUAG